CUCUCAUAAAAUAAGAAGGGGCGAAAAAAAAAAGGAAACUGCCAGUCCGUAAGCAUCAGCUUCUGCAGAACUUAUCGGAGACCCAAAAUACUGUCACGGUUCCGCUCCGUUAGGGGUUUCGGAGUGCUCAGACGAGCCGGCAUUUGCUUUUGCUCAGCUCUGUCAAACCCUAGGCUCAGGUUGAACGUAUUGGCAGAUGGUCGUGCGUGUCUGAUUGUUGGACGCUGAUGCCGUAACCUGAAUAGUAUGGAUUCAUUGAGAUCAGGGGCCGGGAACGGCGAGGACAACCUUGGGAUACCCGAUGAUCUGCGUUGCAAGAGGUCAGAUGGUAAACAAUGGAGAUGCACUGCCAUGUCCAUGCCGGAUAAAACAGUGUGCGAGAAGCAUUACAUCCAGGCAAAGAAGCGGGCUGCUAACUCUGCUUUAAGAGCUAGUAUAAAGAAAGCCAAGAGGAAGUCAUUAGGUGAAAGUGAUAUAUAUUUGGAGAGCAAGAUGGAGAUGGAUGACUUUGAUACGCCGCUUAUAAGCAUGAAAGGCCGGGAUUCUUCUCUUCCGGCCUCUAAGAAGAAGAAGAACAAGAAAAGUCAGUUUCAACACUCACCCGAGACAACUCCUACGAGGUUCUCACCUAAUUUUAUGAGGGCUGGAGAUGAUUCUGAAGGAGAUACUGAAAACUCUGAAGAGGACUGGAGGCAGAGAACAGCACCACUUGCUACAGGGGGUUCUUCCAAGAACAGAUCACAGAGGAGCUUUGAUGCUAGUCCCAUGACGGAGGAGUCUGAUGGAAGCACGGAGUCUUCUGAGGAUGCUGGUGGGAUAACUUGCCACCAGUGCCAGAGCAGAUAUGGAGACCGCAUCAUAUGGUGCCUCAAAUGUGACAGGAGAGGUUAUUGUGAUAGCUGCAUUUCUCAAUGUUACUCGGACAUUCCACUGGAAGAUUUUCAAAAGGCUUGCCCUGCAUGUCGCGGCGCUUGCAAUUGUAAAGUGUGCCUGCGUGCCGAUCUUCUUAUAAAGACGAGAAUAAGAGAGAUACCUGUCCUAGAUAAGUUACAGUACCUCUACUCCUUGUUGUCCUCUGUGCGAUCUGUCAUCCAGCAGAUCCAUAAUGAGCAAUGCUCUGAAGUAGAACUGGAGAAAAGGUUACUUGGAGGCGAAAUAAAUCUCGCUAGGGCAAAAUUGAAUGAAGAUGAGCAGAUGUGCUGCAAUAUUUGUCGAACUCCAAUCAUUGAUUACCAUCGCCGCUGUGCAAAUUGCAUGUAUGAUCUAUGCCUUCACUGCUGUCAGGAUCUUCGUGAAGCAUCCAAGGAAGGAGCUGCAGAAACACCAGUAGGAAAUGAGAAUGGUGCCAAUCAAAGCGCUGAACAUGAAUCAGAUCCACUAAAGGGAUUCAAUCUGAGAAUAAAUUUCAUGGAGAGAUUUCCUGAUUGGAAAGCUGGCAUUGAUGGCACUAUUCCAUGCCCCCCUAAAAUUUAUGGUGGUUGUGGUUGUCCAUCCCUCAAUUUAAGUCGCAUCUUCAAGAUGAAUUGGGUUGCAAAACUUGUGAAAAAUGUGGAGGAAAUGGUUAAUGGCUGUAAGGUUAAUGAUGCUCCUGAAAAGCUAUGUGUUGAAAUGAACCAUCCAAAUCCCGAGCAAUAUUCUUACAGAGGUGAUAGUGAAAAUACCUUGUAUUACCCCAAAGCUGAAGAUCUCAAAACUGGAGGAAUUGGCAUGUUCCUAAAACACUUGUCUGAGGGUGAACCUGUCAUUGUCAAAGAAGUUUGGGAUAGUUCAUGCAUUUUAAGCUGGGAUCCUGUUGUUAUAUGGAGAGGGAUUCAGGAAACAUUAGAAGAGAGAAAGCAAGGUGAUCAUAGGAAAGUGAAGGCCAUCGACUGCUUAAUCAAUUCUGAGAUUGAUAUUGAGCCCGAACAGUUCAUUAGGGGUUAUUCAGAGGGACGAAUUCGGGCAAAUGGUUUGCCAGAAUUGUUGAAGUUAGAGGAUUGGCCUCCCCCCAGUGCUUGUGAAGAGUUUCUAUUGUAUCAGAGAACAGAAUUCAUCACUAAAUUCCCGUUGCUUGAAUAUAUUCAUUCCAAAUGGGGCGUCCUCAACGUGGCUGCAAAACUGCCUCAUUACUCCUUGCAGAAUGAUGUUGGACCUAAAAUUUUCAUUUCUUAUGGGACCAAGGAUGAACUAGGCAGGGGUGAUUCAGUAACUAAUCUACAUUACAAGAUGCGGGACAUGGUAUAUCUCUUGGCACAUACUUGUGAUGUGAAACAUGAACAUCAAUGCAAGUCAAAUGAAGAGAAGACUCAGAACACCGAUGGGCAUUCUGAUGGAGGAGAGCUUCUUGGAAAUGCAAUACUACGCUCAUGUGAGGGAACCUCAUCUGGUUUCCGUCUCAACGGGCAUGAUGCGAGAGAAGAUGAUAGUGGAUAUUUGGCUGCGAAUGAAUCUGAAACAAUAAACCAUAAAGAAAAUGAAAGUACCAUUAUUACUGAAGAAAAGAAUUUUGAUGAAGAGAAUCCUGAAAGCACUACUUUGGGGGUCCUUUGGGAUGUAUUCCGACGGCAAGACGUAACCAAGUUAAUUGAGUAUUUACAGAUGUACUGGGAGGAGUUUGGGAAGUCAGGCAGUUUAAAUGUUCCUGUGGCAUACCCUCUCUUUGAUGAAGCAAUAUAUUUAAGUAGUCAUCACAAGAGAAAAUUGAAGGAGGAAUUCGGUAUAGAGCCAUGGUCUUUUGAACAACAUGUCGGAGAAGCUGUAUUCAUCCCUGCAGGCUGCCCUUUUCAAAUGAGAAACGUCCAGUCCACAGUUCAGGUGGCCUUGGACUUCUUGUCACCUGAGAGUUUAGGGGAAGCUGUGAGAUUAGGCCAACAGAUCCGCUGCCUUCCCAAUGACCAUGAAGCAAAAGUUCAAACCCUCGAGGUAGGGAAGAUUUCAUUGUAUGCUGCAAGUUCAGCCAUCAAAGAAGUGCAGAAACUGGUUCUUGAUCCAAAGUACAGUACAGAAAUUGGGUUCGAGGAUCCAAAUCUCACUGCAAUGGUCUCAGAGAACUUAGAGAGAGUGACCAAGCGAAAGCAGAUAAUGUGCUCCUGA